AUGCAGCAGCACCAGGCGAUGCUCUCUCAGAUCCAGGAGAAGCCACGAGAGGAUCUUGUGGGCAUCGUGAAAGAUGGCCAGCGUCAUGGUGGCACUCCCUUCAAGCAGCGGUGGUGGAGUUUUUGCGACGCCGGCUGGACUGGGUGCCGGGACUAUGACCCCAACCAUCACGGCAAGGAAGCCUUGGCACACUUUGUCUCAGUGGCAUCCACCGAGUAUGGUCCAGAGAAGUGGUUCAACUCCCGGUUCUCCAACCUGCCGGGUCUGCCUCCGAAGCCCAAGGGCAUGCCGGAAGGCAUGCCGCCGCCGCAUGGCAUGCCCCCGCCGCACAUGCAUAUGCCGCCCUUCAUGGGUCCACCAGGGCACAUGCCGAUGCCGCCGCCAGGGAUGCCUUUCCCGCCGAUGCAUCACGUACCACCGCCUUUGAGUGAUCUCCCUGCAGGAGAUGGGGGCGGUGGUCGUCGUCGGGAUGGCCCGGCCAUCGGCGCCAAGACGCUGGCAAAGGCAUCAGCGCCGCAGCCCGGGUCCGACGACUCCUCGGAUGAGUCAGAGGACGCGGACAUCGGGGCCAUCAAUGCCGAUGACAUUUGA